GUUAUUAUUGCAAAUAAUUACUGAAUACUGACUAAACGUUUUUAAAAUACAAUUCAUUUGAAUUUUAAUCACAUUUUAAAAUGCGUUACAAAAGUGUCGCAAAGUUUUGGCUUAAAUUUGUUAUUAUUAUUUAAUUAUUAAAUUAUAUAUAUAUUUAACUAUAACUCAAAUUUAAUGGACGUUAAAUGUAUUGGUUUAAGCCAUGUAUUGCUCAAUACGGCACUGAAUAUGAGUGAGAUUGAGCCCAACCCUCCCGGUGCUACUAUUCCUGUCAUAAUAGCCCUGCACUGGAAUUCCGCAGAAUAUGGCAAAUAUGGUCAUAACGUUAAUGAGCGUGGUAAUUGCUAUUUCAAUGUCCCGGCAUACAUGACACCCCCUUUGGAAAGGGCUGCCAUACAAGUGAUGGUCAAUAUCUGGUCCUUAAUCCGUAAGCACAGGGAAAGGCUAGCGAUUGAUGUGAAAAACCAGUUAAAUCUAUUUGUAUGGCAACUGGCCAUUGAAAGGGAGGUGUGUUAUAGGUUGAACGACUUUCUGAAUAUUAGAGAAUAA